AUGUCAUCCCAAAUCUCAAUCCAUUUUCACACCAAAACAUGGUUCGGCUUCGACCUCGACGACACACUCCAUGAGUUCGGCGCCGCCUCAGGGCAGGCUUCAAUAGCCGUCUUCGAAAGAAUCCACGCCUUGACAGGUGCAACCGUCUCCGGCCUUGAAGAAACAUACACCGAUAUCCUACGCACAUCAACAACCAAUGCAUUCACCGACGGCCGCUCAUCAGCCGAGUAUCGGCGGGAGCGGUUCUCUCGUCUCCUGCAGGCGCACGGCGUAGCCGAGGUUGUGCAUGUCAAGUCUUUGCUGGAUAUUCUCUUCUACGGACGCUGCAUGACCGAGGGAAAAAAGAUCUUGAUUGUUACGGAGGGACCGCAGGAUGCGCAGGUGUGGACGCUGCAAGAGCUAGGGUUAAUGCCUUGGGUAGAUGUGCUUGUUCCCACGAACGAGAUGCGGAGGUCCAAGGUUGAUGGCUUGUUUCAAGCUGUUUUGGAGAAGUAUGCUAUUCCUGCACCGGAUAUGGUUUAUUUUGGGGAUAAUCUGGCGCGGGACAUAAUCCCCGCUAGAGAGCUGGGGAUUUCGGCCGUGCUGUUUGAUGAGAGGCAAGAGGCGAGGCUGGAUGAUUUGGGUGAUUUGCGGGUUGAUUCUUGGGGGACGGUGGAGGAAUUAGUCGUUAAAUAUUGCACGGAGCAGGAUAUAUUGUAG